AUGAUUUCUGCUCACCCGUCUGUUGACGGCUGUUCCUGUGAUAAGCUCCUGUCUCACCUGCUCACUCUGGAUCAGUACUAGCUGGAGGAGUUCAUGCUUGGCCUCAAGUCCCCAAAGCUGCUGCCUGAACAGAUCCCCUGGGCCAGCCUGAAGGCCAGUGACCCCACAAACCUACUGUGUCUGUUGAGUGAGUACUUCCCUGAGCUGUGGAUGUGGGAAGUGGCCCUCAGGGUCUUCGAGAUCAUGAAUCUGACUUCGCUAUGUGAGAAAGUUAGAGCCAAGAUAAAUGAGAUGGCACAGGCACAGAGACCCCAAGACCCAAAGCAGAAGGAACCAGAGAUGCCAGAAGAAGAAUCAGACCACAGAAGAAUAUACAGAGAGAGGAUGAGGGCCAAAAUACUGGAGAUGUGGGACAGUACCCCUUGGCCCAAAGACCACAUUUACCUCUGCAAUGUGAUGGAACAAGAGCAUGAAAAACUGAUGUGCCUUGUGUAUCCUAACAGGGCCGGUGCUUGGCUCUGAACCAAAGUGUUGGAGAGGAUGGCAGGGGUUAGACAGACCACUUUGGCAAUGAAGGUCAUGCUGCACUGAGUGGAGGGCUUCCUCUUUCAGUACAAGUUCUCCUAUGUUUUCUACAUUAGCUACUAUGCAGUGAGAGAGAUGGAGGACACCACCUGCUGGCCCGAUUCUCAGGCCCCUAUUGAAGAGCUCAUGACUCAUCCCGAGAGGUUCUUGUUUGUCAUCGAUGGCUUUGAGGAAUUGACUGUGCCCUUCAACUUGGCUGACGGCCUGCCAUGCACAGAUCAGCAUCAGUACCUCCCAGUGACCAGAAUCCUGGACUUCCUGUUCCACUCCUGGGUAUGCUCCUGCCUGAAGCGACAGAUGGUAAGCCAUCCUCAUUUCCAGCUGAGCACACAGACUGCCACCAGUCUGUAUGCCUAUUUCUUCUCCAGCUGGUUCGCAACAGCAGAGCUGAGUUGGUCAGGGCAGAGCUGGCCAGAGCAAUGGAGGGCCCUCUGCUCUCUGGCUGCAGAUAGGGUGUGGUCCUCAAACUUCACAUUUGCCAAAGAGGACAUUGAACAUCAGGGCCUGCAGGCACCUCUCAUUGAUUUUCUCUUCAGGCUGAAUAUUCUUCAAAAGGUCAGUGACUGUGAGGAUUGUAUCACCUUCACUCACUGUAGUUUCCAGAUGUUUUGGGGGGCCAUGAUCUAUGUGCUCGGGGGAACGAAAGGCUCCAUCGGUGGUCUCUCAAAGCAUCAAGAGAUGAGAGUGCUACUGAGUGAUGCCUUUGCUGACACAAACUUCUACUGGCAUCAGAUAUCUCUAUUUUACUUCAGUCUCUUGAAAAGAGAUCUAGCAAGGGAAAUGAAAGAUACUCUGCACUGUAGGAUGUCUCCCAGGGUAAUGGAUGAAUUAUUAGAAUGGGCAGAAGACUUAUCUAAAUAUGACACAUCUCCUUCGCUAGCUUCCUCGCUGUCUCUCUUCCUCAGGUGCAAAUCUGUAACCCCUGUGGGGAUUCUGAAGGAGCUCAUCCUGGUCCUUCAUGGUAAUGACAGGCUGACCCAUCUCAACUUGAGCUCCAUCUACCUGGGAAUUACUGUCAUGAUGACUUUUAGAACCUUGAGGCACUCGGCCUGCAACCUCAAGUAUCUGUGCCUGGAGAAAUGAAAUCUGUUGGCAGCCAACUCUGAGGAACUGGCCUUGCUUCUCACCAGCACCAGGAGAACAGCCUGACUGUGCCUGAGGUUUAGCUUGCUCCAAGAUAAUGGCAUUCUCUGGCUGUGUGCUUCCUUGAGUGAUCCUGAGUGUGACUUAAAGAGGCUGGAGCUCUGGUUCGGCCAACUUGGUGCACUCAGCUGCAGGUCCCUAUCAGACACUCUUCUCCAGAACACGACACCGACACACCUGGACCUGAGGAAGAACCCCCUGGGGGACAUGGGGCUGAGGUUUCUGUGUGAGGCUCUGAGCCAUCCAGACUGCAACCUACAAAAUCUCAAUUUGUUCUACUGUUCUUUCACAGCGGACGGCUGUCGGGAGCCGACUGACUGCCUUAAGCACAAUCAUAAUGUGAAAGCUUUGGUUAUUGGGAAAAACUGUAUUCAGGAUGAUAGAGCAAAGCAACUGUGUGAGAUUCUCAAACAUUCACAUUGUGCACUAACACACUUAGAUUCCACACAUAAGUUGGAGAAAUGCAACCUGAUAUCUGUCUGCUGUCAGCAUCUCUUCUCUGCUCUCAGAAUUGGUAAAAGUCUGGUUCAUCUGAACCUUUUGGGAAAUGACUUGGGGCCCGAUGGGGUCAACACACUGUGGAAGUCCUUGAAAAAAAAUCAAUGUGCAAACUACAGGGUGCACACUGAGAUAAAGCGAGAGUGA